GGGUCAAUAAAUUUCGGGAAGUUCUGCGAGCUAAGCGUAAUGUCAUCGGGAUAGUUUCGAGACUGAGACUCAAAGACUUCAUGACUUAGCCGUGGAUUAAGGAAGUUGGGUCAAAUAUGUCUGGUGAGGCGACUGAAACACGACUUCACUUCGAGGGAGUUCUCGACAAAGCUGGUAGAAGAUUCUUUGAGGUAUGUGUCGGAAUUUUAAGCUUGCAGAUUUUUAAAUAGCUCGAUUUGCGAUCUUAUGAAGCCUGCACUAUGAUUUUAAGCGUUAUGAAACAUGAUUACGAUAUAAAAGAAAAGAGGAAGGCGAUUUUCCUAACGAAAACAGUGUUCGAGAUCUUGGUUAGAUUAGCUUGAUUUACAUGUAAGCUUACUCUGAUGUAGGAAAGCUCAGCCAACAAGGAAAUUGUGAAAUUUCAGCGGGAGGUCGCUGUUGUUUAUCUGUUCAUCACGCAUCUAAAACUUUUUUAUAUCUUUCACCAGUAAUAAUUCUCAUUUAUUCACAAUUAUCACACUCACUUGACUUCCAAAAGGAUUGAAUAGUACCCAUUAGUUUUAGAUUUCCGUCGAAAACGAAAGUUGGUUGAAGCAGUUUUGAAUUCAGCGCUUUGCUGAAAAGGACAUUGACUAAGUUUCUGGUUCAUUUGCUUAUCCUUCUUGAGAUUUCUUCGUCAAAAAAGAAAAUAAAAACUACUGAUUAAAGAGAGCUAUUUGAAUCACACUAACAUAAGCGUGGUGUUGACUUCCGCUCAGUUUCAUAAUCAAUCUGGCCCCCUAAGUGAUAUCGAUCUUUGAUGUUUCUGUGCAACUUUUGGUAAAAUAGACUCGAGUCGUAUGUGUGAGAAUUAUUACAACCAGGAAUGCUAAAGCGAACAUUUCUGUAAAAUAACACCUCCGUUUGUAAUUGGUUACCAUGAAAGCAAGUGUGAUAACCACCGAUUAAUCCUUUCUUCUCUUGAGAGUAAUGAUAUCAAAAUAGGAUAAUGCUAAAAUGGCAACAAUCGAGCUCAGGUAUAGUUAAGAUGCUUUAACCCUUAGGAGUGACUAGCAUCUAAUUUCUCAUUACAGUUUCACCCCUGAAUCAAACAUAAGGGUUGAAAGAAUAAACAAAAUGAACAUUGACUAAAGAAGCUCUUGGAAGUUUGUUAAACAAAUUCUCCUAUAUCUAUAUAUGAGUAUCUCAUGUAAUGUGAAGAGAAUUGUAUGGAGAAUUUGCAUGCUGAUGUUAGGAUGAAGAGGGUUUGUAAAACCAGACUUGCCACCAGCUAAGUAUUCACUGCUAGCUGAGUAACCAUGGAUACAUUCUACUGUAACUCUCCUGGUGGAUUAUCUUGGAGAGUCUCCUGGAUACAGAAAAUUUAAUCUCCUGUUGGGCUCCUGUGCAGAAGGCAAAUUUUCUGGCUGAGAAAUAAAGGCAAAUUUUGAUCUUUUCAGGAAUAAGUAGAUAGAAAGUAAAUGUUAUCCUCAUCAUUUAUGCAACUGUCACUUUGUGGGGAGAUGUUGCUGUGAAAUAGGUGAUAAAGAAGGGAAGGAAAGUGGAUUAUACUGCUUGUACUUUGAAUGUGUCAUAUUUUCCUGAGUAACAUCCUUUCUAGAUUGGGUGAGUGGGAAAUUUGUCUUGUUUCCAGGAGUGCGUGUGCUAAUGAUAGCCUUGUGGUUUGUAGAGAUGAGUUAACCCUCUUUAAGUUUUCAGUAUUGGCCAUUCCUAUGUGGGGGAAAUGCAUAUUUUAUUUUUCCUAUGUGUUGCAACUAUAACUCAAAGGUAAAUAGUUGAUUUUGCACCCCACAGGUAUGUUUCACUUAAAUAAUAGGAUCCUUGUAGGUGCCUUUGUUUCAUUGAAUUUUGGCCAGAAGUACAGUGUACCCCACAAUUAGUUCUGUGCUGUGAUCACUGUGGAACCUUCUAAAUCAUAAGUUACUUGUGCAGUAUGCAAAAUGUUUCAGUCUUGUAUUGUUCAUAAAUGUAUCUCAACCCUUUUAAUUCCCAGAAUUGAAUUUAACAUGUUACUUCUCCCCAUAAUAUCUCCACAUGAUCUAGCAAACAGGUAAUGAGAAAACUCAAGCUUACAUGUAUCAGAUAGAAGGUGUCAUCUUGAUCUAAAAACAAAAUUCUUGCAACUUAUUUACUUGGAAAUGAAGCAGCCAGAGGGGUGAAUCAAUAAUUAGCUCUUGGGAGUUAAGGGGUUAAACAGCCUCAUUCUGAGGUUUGUUAUGCAUUAGGGGGCAGGGGAUUGCUUUCUAGUGGAGCAGAGAGCUUGGCUCCCACCCCUGAAACUGGGCCUCAGUAAAACAGAUGCCCUAUGUGAGUUUUUUGGUGGUUCUAACCUGCAAACCUCAUGGGUUUUUCUCUUCAUCAAAAAAAAAAAAAACUUGAAAUAUAAGUUGACUCAUGUGGCUUUAAAGUUUGCAUAUGCGUAGGAUCAGCAUUGUUUUAAGCUUUACAUCAUAACAUCAGUAUAUAUUCUUAAUAGUGUUUUCUAUACAUUUCCCAAAGUACUGACAAGGAGAAUUUGUUGAACAAUCAAGAGCUUUUUUUAGUUGAUGAUCAUUUCCUCUAUUCUCCAGACCUCAAUGCAGUGAUUUGGGGUUGAUACUGUAAGAAGAAAUUAAAUGCUAGUCACUUUUAGGGUUAAAAGGGUAAAGUUUUAUGAGUUCAAAUAUAUUAAAAACAUGGUAAAUUUAUUGUUAUUCUUGUUCUACAUGUGCAUUGAUAUGUCACAUGCAAGUUUUAUGUUGGUGAAAUUAAAUGAAUGAUGAUUUGGUCUAGUAAUUAUUAUAUUUUGUGCCACAAUAUUUUUAGGGCUUUAGAAAGAGAUGGUUCACACUAGAUGGACAGGAGUUGAAAUAUUACAAAGCUGCUGAGAAAACAGUAAGAUAAAGGGAGCAAGAUUGAAUUUUGCAACAGAAUUCUGUUUACUAGAUAGACAUGUAUGCCUUUUAUAAAAUACCAUAGAUCAAGACUUUCUUUUGAGCUACUUGUCAGUCAUGUUCAUUAAACAGUCAGUGAUGAAUAUGGAUAUUUAGAAUUUAUGAAUCCUUUUCUUUUUACAGGAAGAAAAUUACCUUGGAACCAUUGAUUUUGGCCAGGUAAUGUUUUUUUAUCAACUGGGGAAGAUCAUGUUGGAAGUACACAUGUGAUAUAACAGAAGACAGAUACUUCAAUAUAACUAAAACUCCAUUUCUACAUCUUCAAUCAAUCAAUUCCUUGAUUUAUUCAUAACACUAAAAUUUCAUUUUGAUUUGAUGUAUUACUGUGCAAAAAAAUCAUUCCUUCACAAUUCACCUCCAUUUCUGGGAUAACCAUUGUAAUAGGUUAAUAAGGAAAGUGCUAUAUCACAUGACAUACUUAAUGACAGUUUUUGGCCAAAUUAAGAGUUAUCUAAAUACAAGUAUAAUUAAUUUAUCUUACAUCUGUUAUCAUUAGGUCAAGGCAGUUAACCCAGUAAAGAUAGUCCACAAUGGCUUUCAGAUUAUCACCAAGAGCAGGACGUACACAUUUGUAAGUACUGCUGAAAUGUCAUGCCAUUCACCUCAAUAACAUACUUAAGUGAAAAGCUCUCCUCCUCUGCCCAUAGUCUACGUGUAGCCUUACCCCCCCUCUAAGGUAAAACUUGCCUCUGUUUCACCUUGGCAGGGGGGGAGGGUACAGCUACAUGUAAGCUACUGCUCCCAGGCCUCCUUAUCCACCCCUCCCUCCCCCAGAGCUUGCUGCAGCAGCAACUAUUUUGUCAAUUGACGAUGUCACCCCUCUAGAGUAUCAUGCCCUCAGGUGUGCUUGUAUCGUCUGUCUGAUCGCCUUCAACUGCACGAUGGAAAUUUCGUGGAGUGGCCGUAUGCCUUCAUAUCUUGUGCCUUUACUUUUACUGUACAGAUGUAGCAAAUGCCAAUGUUCCUUUGAACCUUAAGUGUGACCAGCAUCUAAUUUCUCCUUACAAUAUCACCCUUGAGUCAAACAUUAAGGUCCAAAGUAUAAUGGAAAUGAUCAUCACCUAAAGAAGCUCUUGAUUGUUAAACAAAUUCUCCUUGUCAGCACCUUAGGAAAUGUAUAGAGAACAGUAUGGAGAAUAUGCAUACUGAUGUCAGGGUGUGAAAGGGUUGAAGCCGUCUUGUCUGCCCCCAUUUGAACUCUGCUGUAAGGCAGUCAAAUAGUGCCAUGUGCGCAAGAAAGCAAUAAACUAACGCACAAUGCUUGUGUUACCUUACUCGUUAUGCGCAAAUGAAGUGUUUUGUUGUCCCUUGAAUUUGCUUCUCCAUAUGGCGGUCAAGUUUAGGUACAACUGCAGGCGUAUUUGUAACCGCAAGGUGUACAUUUAUCAGACAACAACCCUUUACUCGAUAAACCACAAUCACAUUUCCGGAUAAAUGUCGCGUAAACCCGCCUACUUCAUCAUGUGAAAGGUCGUAAAUGCAAGUAAUAACCACUUAAAACUCCUUUUUUUUUAACAUUGUAAAUUAUGAUAAGAGUAAACGUUUAAGGAGAGGUUAAGUGUUAAGCCAGCCAGAAGCCAUGAUCUGCUGAGAGUUAUUUUUCGAUUUAAGGUUUCUUGCUCUUUCAGUCCGCUCCAACACCUGAGUUGUUCAACGACUGGGUAAGUGUACUGAGGCAAGCCAUGCAGCUGAAAUCCUUUGAUAUGCGCAGGAACACUAUCAGGUAAGAGAGUUAGAUUUUGAACUGUGAGUUCAAAGUCGAGUUUUGAAAGUAAUCUGGGAUGACAUUAGUUUGUCUCGUCUUUGUUCUUUAAUUGGUUCAGAAACCUCAUCUCAUCCUCUCAAACAAACAGGAUUAUGUCCGUCGGGUUUAUCUCAAGGCGCAGCUUUAAAGUUGGUGAUCGCGAAUUGUGCAUGAAAUCGAUUACAUGAAACGUUAUUUAAGUCGCUUUCAACGUGCGCCUCUUAAGUUUAAUCUUGGAAGCAAAGCGGAAUUUUGCUGGCAUAAGCUCAAGCCCCGUUAAAGUGAAUUUUUUUUUUUCAAGCUGGAAUUUAUGCUAUUUAUUUCAUUCGAGAAACCACUUGUAAAGGAAUACCAAUUGCUGACAGUUUUCUUCUGACGGGUGGCUCGUGUCUGGGCUAAUUGAACGAUAAAUCCUUGAUUAUUAACCCUUUAAACCGUAAGAGUGACCAGCAUCUAAUUUCUCCUUACAGUAAUACUGCUAAGUUAGUCAUCCUGAUUAUAAGAAUAAAGGAAAUGAUCGCCAUCUUUAGAAGCUUUGAUUAUUAAACCAAUUCUCUUUGUUAUUACCAGAAGAAAUUUAUAGAUUAGAGUUUGGAGAAUAUAGAUACUGAUGUUAGGGUGUAAACGGUUAACUGAGAAUUGUCCCACUCUGCUAUUGCAGCAGUCAAAGUUCCGUAGACUCACAGUAUGAAGAAGUCAAAAGCCGGCCAAAUAGAAGCUUCAGCGCUUUAAGCAGCGGUAGCAGUAACUUGAGUUUUGACGAAGAUGAUGCUACUGAUGCCUUGUACUCUAGUGUUGGAGUUCCCACUGAGGUCAAUCCAAGUCAGGGGGAAGACGCGUACAGCUUAGUUGGUGCAUCGACACUUCCCAAAGCUAAGAAAGAUUCAAGCGAUGGUGCAACGUAUGAGUUAGUUGGAUCGAGGCCACCGUCAAAGUCCGCCCCUCCCACUUACGAAAUGGUCCAAGCCGCAGGGAGAUCGUCGCCUUCGAAAACUGUUACUGAAAGCGCUCAUCAAAAACAGACCGAAAAUACAGAAUUGCGCGGUUCUACGCCGGGAGAACAGGACGGUAGCGAGCUUUAUGACGUGGUUCGAGAUACGGGGGAUGUUGGACGAUCAGCCCCAAAGGUGACGGAUGACAAGCCUUCGAGUAAAGAGUGCAAAGAAGGAGAAGAGAGUUCUAAUUCUGACGUAACUGACCUUUACAGCCUCCCGAAAAUUAACAGAAAACAAAAGCCAUCAUCAAUACGUGGUCUUUCCAUCAUUUCAGAAAGCCCAGAUUCUGGGGACGAGCUUGAUUCUCAGUCGCCCGUCGAUGAUGUACCCCCGCCACUGCCUCCCCUGACGGAUGAGUCGCUCGCCAUCGAAGAGAUAAAACGACUGUUGGAAGAAGCAAAGAUGGAAGAGGGAGACAACGAAGCAGAUUAUGAGAAAACGAAUGGAAAAGAUUGCGAGGACGAAGUUUUCCCAGAGAAGAAACGUUCCGCCUUUGAGCAACUGCGGGAGUUUCUGCAGACGCUCGAUUCUACAGAGGAAGAGUAAAACAGUUUUUUAAAGGACUCAUGCUGCUAAAUUAUUUGAUAUUGUAGUACACUUGCCACUUAGUACAGUAGGGAUUUUCAGCAUCUUAUUUCGGCUCGAAAACAGGAACAAAAUUUUGUAGGUAUCAGAAUAUCUUUACAGUUUGUUCAAAGGAAUCCGAGGAAAAACUCGGGGCAAGUUAAGGUAAAACUGUACGUAGAAUCUUAUUUGGAACUCUGCUGACUUUCGCCGGCUCGUCUCCAUUCACAGCAGCCCGCAAAAGCCAUGCGUUUCGAUUGAAUAAUUCGUUUUCUUCGCUUUUGGCGCAGGCAGCAUGUGUUCCCUUUUUGAUUGGCUCAUAGUGUUGGUUUGAUUACACAGAUUCUGUUGAGCUGAUUACUUAAUGAAUUCUAUAGUCAAUCGACCCUUAAUCCUUAAGAGGGUUAUAUUGUAUAGUAGUACCGAAGUCGUCUCUAUGGAGCAGAAAAUUUUAUGAAGCUGAGAUCUCGGCAAAAUGCUCCACGGAGAAACAGAGUCUUUAAAAUAGGCCUCUCUGUGAAACAGAGAAGUAUAACUCACUUUAGUCUUAAUCUUACGCGAAGUAUGUUUGGAAGAUUUUUUUACAUCCAAUGUACGAUUUCGUCCCGAGUGUUGGGACAAUUAAAAGGUUUAUGCGCGAAACAAAGAAACAGGCGGCAAUGUGAAUGUUGUUAGAUAGCAGAUGAAAAAUGGAAAUAAUAUCUAGUGGGAUAAAUAACAUUGAACUCACGGUCUAGGCCCAAGUUCAUGUCAGAUAUGUUUGCUGUUUUGAUCGUUUCAUUGUCUGGCAGAGCUUAGACUUGCUAAGAGGUCUGUGACUGUUUUUGGAAGUUUUCAUUUUCAUCUAUAUAGAACAACAUUUUUAGCAAUCUAAACAAUUAAACAUAAAGUGUCUAAAGAAUGGAACCAGGAUAAUUACGAAAAACGCUAUGUGAUAUUGAAUUAUAUGAGCACCUUUUCACAUGUUUUUUACAUAAGUUAGAAAAAAAAAUGAAGUAAGUGCUGUUAUUUCAUGAGCAGCACGUGAGUCUGCUAAGGUAUAUAACAACUUUUUACCGCCAGUUAGGGAUAACUGUAGAGUUCAUUGUAGGUAUUAAAAAUACUGGUAACAUAUUUUCAUAUUUAAUAAGGAGAUGUACUUUUGAUAUAUAUUUUUAACAACAUUUAAAGCAUGCGCGGAGAAAGGUUUGGCUCAUGUCGUAUUGUUUAAAUUAGAAUCAUCUGCUUGGAAGGAAACUACUUUUUUCAAGACCAGGCUAGAGC